CGGGAGUAGCUAGCACUUGACAAGGAGACUUGUGUGAUAGUAUCCUUUAAAACGAUAAAAUGAGUUUAUGGGUUGACAAAUACAGACCAACGACUUUAGCGAAGUUGGACUAUCACAAAGAACAAGCAAAUCAGCUUAAAAAUCUGGUACAAUGUGGCGACUUUCCACACUUACUGGUUUACGGUCCGUCUGGCGCGGGGAAGAAGACUCGCAUUAUGUGCCUGCUCCGCGAGCUGUACGGAGCGGGAGUCGAGAAACUCCGCAUUGAACAUCAGUCCAUCACGGCACCCUCUAAGAAGAAAAUUGAAAUUAAUACAAUUGCCAGCAACUACCAUUUGGAAGUGAAUCCAAGUGAUGCAGGGAACAGUGAUCGCGUGGUCAUUCAGGAGCUGAUUAAAACAGUCGCUCAGUCCCAGCAGAUCCAGUCCAGCACUCAGAGGGAGUUCAAAGUGGUCCUGCUGACGGAGGUGGACCGCCUCACUAAAGACGCCCAGCAUGCAUUGCGUCGCACGAUGGAGAAGUACACGGCUACCUGUCGGCUGAUCCUGUGCUGUAACUCGACCUCCAAGGUCAUCUCUCCUAUCCGCAGCAGGUGCCUGGCUGUGCGGGUUCCCCUGCCCAGCGUGGAGGAGGUGUGCAAUGUUCUGUCGAGCGUUUGCAGGAAAGAAGGCCUCCUUCUUCCCGGAGAGCUCGCAAAGCAGAUCGCAGAGAAAUCCGGACGCAACUUACGUAAAGCUCUACUCAUGUGUGAGGCAUGUCGAGUGCAGCAGUACCCUUUCUCUGCGGAUCAGGACAUCCCUGAGACAGACUGGGAGGUUUACCUUAGAGAAACUGCUCAUGCCAUUGUCAGCCAACAGAGUCCUCAGAGACUACUGGAAGUUCGAGCAAGACUGUAUGAGCUUCUGACUCACUGCAUCCCUCCAGAAAUCAUCAUCAAGGGCCUGGUCACAGAAUUGCUCAGUAACUGCGAUGGGCAUCUGAAACCCGAGGUGGCCCAGCUGGCGGCACACUAUGAGCACCGUCUUCAGCUGGGCAGCAAAGCCAUUUACCACCUGGAGGCCUUCGUUGCCAAGUUCAUGGCCAUUUACAAGAAGUUUAUGGAGGACGGACUGGACGGCUUCAUGUUCUGAUCUGUUUGCGAUCUUUGUGUGUGUGUGUGUGUGUGUGUGC